AUGGCUACCGCUGCUCAGGUCCUUGAUCCAUCGGAGUCGGCCCAGGUCGAAUACUUGGAGGACGAGAUCGAGAAAGACUUCCACCGCAACCUCAAUGCAAGGAUCAGAAAUCCGCUCCAUGGGUUCACCCAGGAUGAACUCGACCAUCAAGCCUCGAUGUUCUGCGACACAUACGGAUUCCAAGAAGAUCUGGGUCUCUUCCAGAAAGCCGCUCGAGUGGCGCAGAAGCCGGACGAGUUCGAGCAGAUCUCCUGUCUGACGGAAGAGGACAAGUACCAUAUCCGUCGGGAGACGACUCGCGCCAACGGCCCAAACCUGUCCUUCCCGGUUGACUUCGGAAUUGAGAAUCGGGAGUGGUUGAUUGGAGUCAUCAACUCCGCGCCCACCCUGUUCGGCACUGCCAGCGCCUUCUUGGCCGAUCCUGUCAACAACCUCCUUGGUCAUCGUGGCACGAUCUUUUUCACGAACAUGUUCGUCGCGUUCACGCAAAACUGGUGGGAGCUGCUGUUGUGUCGGCUGUUCAUGGGGCUCGGUAUGGGCAUCAAGAUCUCUACAAUUCCAAUCUACACCAGUGAAGUCUCCCCGGCUUCGAUCCGCGGUGGGCUUGUGACAUCUUUCCAACUCUGGGUAGCAUUUGGAAUCAUGAUUGGCUUUUCCUCGAAUUUGGUCUUCAAAGACAUCGGUCCUCUGGCAUGGCGCUUCCAACUGGCCGCUGCCUUUGCUCCGGCGGUGCCGUUGUUCUUCCUGGUCUGGUUCGUUCCUGAAUCGCCGCGUUGGCUCAUGAAGAAAGGCAGAUACCAAAAAGCUUUUGCAGCCUUCUGCCGCAUCCGCAACUCAAAGUUGAUCGCAGCCCGCGAGAUCUUCUACGCCCACUGCCAGAUCGUUGCAGAGGACGUGGCAUUUGAAGGCCAGUCGAUCUGGUCCAGGGCGUGGGAACUGUUCUCUGUUCCUCGUAUCCGUCGAGCGACGUUUGCCUCUGCAUGGAUUGUCAUCUCCCAACAGUUUUCCGGGAUCAACAUCAUGGCAUUCUACUCCUCCACCAUCUUCAGCCAGGCGGGAUACACUGUUACCCAGUCUUUGCUGGCAUCCUUCGGAUUCGGAGUGGUCACAUUCGUCUUCUCGAUCCCGGCGGUCUACACCAUGGACACGUUCGGUCGCCGCAACCUCUUGCUGUUCACUUUUCCUAACAUGGCUUGGUGCCUGCUCGCUGCAGGACUCUUUUUCUUGAUGCCCGUGGAAAGCAGCGCGAGGGUUCCGCUCAUUGCACUGUUCAUCUACAUGUUCACUGCAUUCUACUCGCCCGGCAUCGGCCCCAUCCCGUCGAUCUACUUCUCAGAAUCCUUCCCGCUUUCCCAUCGUGAGAUCGGUAGCGCCUUCACCAUUUGCGUGAACAACGGGAUUGGCAGUGCGCUGGGCCUUACCUUUCCUUCGCUUCUGGCGAAGAUCACGCCGACCGGAGCUUUUGGCUUGUACGCUGGCUUAAACUUGCUCGCAUUCAGCGUCAUCUUCUUUAUCGUGCCCGAAACGAAGAAGAGGACGCUGGAGGAGCUUGACUAUGUCUUCGGCGUACCAACCACCCAGCAUGGUUCGUACCAGCUCCGCAAAUGGCUGCCGUGGUUCGUCAAACAAUACGUAUUCUGGCAGAAGGAUGCUGUGCUGGAGCCGCUUUACCAUGAUGACAAGAGCAGCUGA